AAUUGAAUAUGUUACAUACCUAGGUACAAUACAUAAAUAAUUAUGUAGGCACCUUCCUUGCGUGGUAUGUACAUAGUUAGGUGGAUCCCUUGAUUUUUACGUUUAAGGUUCAAGAUUGGUUUAAUCCCAAGAUUGCCCCUAGCGUGGCUGCCCCUGACUACCGGAAUAUACGGGCGGAUAUUAACCCAAAAAACAAAAAAAAAAGUAUCGGAAUUCACGAUCGAUGAUCCAAUUUCUUCUUUCAUGAUUUUUUUGUCGUCGAUUUCCAUUCCCAAGUGACGAGCAUCAGGCCUGCCCGUUGUCCAUUCCUUCAAUUCCUACGCGAAUUAUACUUAAUCAUGUCUUCGAGAUAUUCUUUACGUGCAACUCCUAGGAAAAAGGAGCUCUUCGACGGUAUGGUCGAGACUCCCGCUCGCCGUUCGACGCGACGCAAAUCUCAAUUCCCGCCCAUCGAUGGCGCGUCCGAUGAUGGUGACUCCAGCUCUGCUGCUGAAACUACCAUGUCCAGAUCAAGUAGAUCUGCAUCCGUGCGACGCCGAGGAGUUGGCAAAUUUGUUGAGAAUAUCGACGAUGAAGAUGUUACUCCAAAGGAGGAGGAAUUCAGCCCUGUUCCCGAAGACAAGCUCUCCUCUGUUCUCAACGAUAAGGUCGAUGCCACCUCAGAGCCUAAGCAGAAUGGCUACACAAACGGACACACGAACGGACACACGAACGGACACGCGAAUGGGCACGCGAAUGGACACGUCAACGGAAAAGCAAAUGGACACGUGAAGGAUGAUGAGCCUGUGGUCGAUGGUUGGAAACCGGGCAUGGACCCCAAGGUCGACCACUCUGGUGUCUUCGAGUUUGGCGGUAGCUUGGGCACUCUAGCUCUCAUGAUUGGAUUUCCCUCCCUCAUGUACUACAUGUGGAUUGGCGCAACCUACUACGAUGGGAAGUUGCCGUUGCCCAGCGAAGGCCAAUCCAUGACUGAGUUUGGCGAGCAUCUCCUGAAUCUUAUCUAUACUGGCGCGUAUCCUCACCUGCGAGCAUGGAAGAUUUACUGGGUGUACUUCAUUUUCGAAAUGGCUUGCUACUGCUUUCUGCCUGGCGUUUGGGGACACGGAAAGCCUCUUCGUCACGAGGGAGGCAAGCAGCUUCGAUACUAUUGCUCCGCCUACACGAGUUUCUAUUUCACCAUUUUGGUUAUGUUUGUCAUGCAUUUUACCGGCUUAUUCAAGAUUAAUGCCCUCCUGGACGAGUUUGGUCCCAUUCUAUCCGUCGCCAUCAUCUCCGGGUUCUUGUGCGCCUUCGUCGCAUACUUCUCUGCUUUGGCUCGUGGCGCGCAGCAUCGAAUGACUGGCUACCCUAUCUACGACUUCUUCAUGGGAGCCGAGUUGAACCCGCGUAUGUUUGGCAUUCUCGACUUCAAGAUGUUCUAUGAAGUUCGUAUCCCGUGGUAUAUCCUCUUCGGCCUUAGCGUCGCGGCUGCGGCGCGUCAGUACGAAAACUAUGGUUACGUCUCGGGCGAGGUCAUGUUCUUGGUUAUGGCUCACUAUCUCUACGCCAAUGCCUGUUCCAAAGGAGAGCAGUUAAUCAUUACCACUUGGGACAUGUACUAUGAGAAGUGGGGUUUCAUGCUCAUCUUCUGGAACAUGGCCGGCGUUCCUCUUUCGUACUGCCAUUGCACACUUUACCUCGCCAACCAUGACCCCUCGGAGUACGCGUGGAACAAGUACGCUCUUGCCCUGCUCUUCGUUACCUACAUUGCUGUGUACGUCAUCUGGGACCAGGCCAAUGGACAAAAGAACGCGUUCCGCACUCUGGAGCGUGGUAACCUGGUGAGGCGUAAAACCUUCCCUGCGCUGCCAUGGAUCUACAUCGAGAACCCCAAGACGAUCGACACCCACACUGGCGACAAGAUUCUUGUUGAUGGCUGGUACGGAUACGCGCGCAAACUGCACUAUACCUGUGACGCAUUCUUCGCUAUCUCCUGGGGCUUGAUCACGGGCUUUAACAGCCCUUUCCCUUGGUUCUACCCCGUCUUCUUUUGCUGCAUGAUCACGCAUCGCGCAAUGCGUGAUAUCGAGCGCUGCAGAAACAAGUAUGGCGAGGCUUGGAAAGAGUACGAGAGACAGGUGCCCUACUUGUUCAUUCCAUAUGUCAUUUAAACCUGAUAAAUGACCCUUUUCUCCAUCCUCCACCCCCCCCCCCCCUGCAUUUUUUGGUUUCCCUGUAGAGACGGCUACCCUACCUGCAUAUGACGCAGACCUAUUUUACUCCUUAUUCGCGUUUUUCCAAAUGUACAUAUUCCACAAGAUUGGUUUACGUGUAAUCCCCCUUAACUAUUCCUUCUCCCCCUUCUUUAUAAUAAUGGAUGGCUGCCACGGGAGCCAUGACACACGAACACACACACGGCAGGCAAUGAUGAAGGCAAUGGAUGAUUGAUUGAUCGCAUCUGAUCUACAUGGCAUGGCAUAGCAAUAGCAAUAGCAUAGCACAGCGAAAGCAAAAAGCAUGCCGUCAACGAAGUCGAGACGUAACGCUUGCUUAUGAUGGCCUUACUUACCUAGGUAGAUUACACGGUACCUAUACUUGCCUACUAACCCUAGGUAGGCAGAGUUACUUGUUGACCUAAAACUUAAUACAAAGUAAUUCGAAGAA